GCCAUUUUCCCCUGAGCGGAAGGAGGAAGCGCAGAGGGAAAACAUUAAACUCUUGCAGUAAAAACCCUCCAUAAAUAUAUAAAUUCUGUGAUGGACGGCCCCGGGACGGAUAGUGACUGGAGGAGCCCUCAGUUCCGACAGAAAGUCGUCGCUCAGAUUGAAGAGGCUAUGAGGAAGGCGGGAACCGCACACACCAAAUCGAGCAAUGACAUGGAGAACCACGUCUACGUAAAAGCCAAAUCCAGAGAGGAGUAUUUAUCUCUGGUCGCGAGGCUGAUCAUACACUUCAGAGACAUUCAUAAGAAGGCACUCGGAGGCCCGGAUCCCAUGAAUGCCCUGACUAACCUGACAGGGGUUGGAGGACCGGGCGCCAUUGGCAUGGGGCCUCGCCCAACCGGGACUCCCGUGGGUGGCAUGGGCGCCAUGGGGCAGAUGCAGCAUGCCAUGGCGGGGGUGGCUGGAAAUCCGCAAGCCAUAGGGGGUCCAGGACAGAUCCCCAUGCAACAGAUGGUGCAGGUGCAGCAGCAGCAAUCCAUUCAGUUCCAGCAGUUCCAGCAGGCCCAGCAGCAGCAGCAGCAGGCCCAGCAGCAGCAGCAGCAGGCCCAGCAGCAGCAGCAGGCCCAGCAGCAGCAGCAGCAGAACGUCUUGCAGCAGCAGCAGCAGCAGAAUGCUGCCAUCCAGCAGCAGUUUCAGGUGCAACAGCAACUGAGGGUGCAGCAGAUGCAGCAGCAGCAGCAGCACCACCAGAAUCAGCAACUACAGCAGCAGCACCAGAACCAACAGCAGCAGCAGGCCCAGAACCAGCAGCAGCAGAACCAGAUGCACCAAACGAGGAUCCAGCAGCAGCAGCAGCAGCAGCAGAUGGUGCAGCUCCAGCAGCUGCAGCUCCAGCAGCAGCAGCAGCAUGCCCAGGCCCAGGCCCAGGCCCAGGCUCAGGCCCAAUCCAUUCAGCACAUGGUCCAGCAGCAGGUUCAGGCCCAGGCUCAGCCUCAGCCAGGGCAGAUGCCUCCACACGCACAGCAACAGCAGCAACAGCAGCAGCAACAACAGCAACAGCAGCAGCAGCAGCCCGGUAUGGUGCCUCAGUCUCUGGCCGGACAGAUGACUUCUGCUCAGCACGUUCCCAUCAGCUCGCUCAGUCAGCAGCAGCAGCAGCAGCAACAGCAGCAGCAGCAGCAGCAACAGCAGCAGCAGCAGCACCAGCUAAAGCUCCAGCAGGCCUUCCAGGCCCAUGCAGCCUUGCAGCAGCAGCAGCAGCAGGUCCAGCAGCAGCAGCAGCAGGUCCAGCAGGCGCAGCAGGCAGCGCAGCAGGCCGCAGCGCAGGCGCAGGCGCAGCUCAACGCAGCCGCUGCAGCCGCCGCCACCGCCGGCCCAGGACAGUCGGUUCGUCCCGGGAUGAUUCCAACCCGCAUGCCUCGAGCCCUGAAUCCCUCAAUCCCGCCUCCGAACGCUGCAGUUGCGGCCGCCGCCGCGGCAGCGGCUGCUGCCGCCGCUGCUGCCGCAGCCGCUAUGGGAGGACAGCCUAUGACACAGCAGGUACAGCAGCACUCGAUGUCAUCGCCCUCACCUGUGCAGGUGCAGACGCCACAGUCAAUGCCCCCCCCUCCCCAGCCAUCACCUCAGCCCCCCAACUCACAGCCCAACUCAGCCAGCUCCGUCCCCACACCAUCGCCGGGGGGGUUCCAACCCAGCCCGUCCCCUCAGCACUCACAGAGCCCCGCCAACGCACGGACUCCCCAGAACUACGGAGUCCCCUCACCUGGGCCCCUAAAUACUCCAGGUAACCCCAGCUUGGUGAUGAGUCCGGCGGGAGCCACGUCGCUGGAGGACCAGCAGUACAUGGAAAAACUUAAACAGCUCUCCAAAUACAUCGAGCCGCUGCGCAGGAUGAUCAACAAGAUCGACAAAAAUGAAGACAGAAAGAAGGACCUAAGUAAGAUGAAGAGUCUGUUGAACAUCCUGACAGAUCCAAACACCAGGUGUCCUCUCAAGACGCUGCAGAAGUGUGAAAUCGCUCUAGAGAAGCUGAAGAACGACAUGGCCGUGCCGACCCCCCCUCCCCCCCCGGUGCCGACCAAGCAGCAGUACCUGUGUCAGCCGCUGCUGGACGCCGUCAUGGCCAACAUCCGCUCGCCGGUCUUCAACCACUCGCUGUACCGAACCUUCGCCCCCGCCAUGACCGCCAUCCACGGCCCACCCAUCACGGGUCCCAACGUGACGGGCAGGAAGAGGAAGCACGACGAGGACGAGCGGCAGACCAUCCCCAACAUCCUGCAGGGGGAGGUGGCCCGGCUCGACGUCAAGUUCCUCGUCAACCUGGAUCCCGCCUUCUGCAGCAACAACGGCACUGUGCACCUCGUCUGCAAACUGGAUGAUAAAAAUCUUCCCAGCGUUCCUCCUCUGCAGCUCAGCGUCCCUGCAGAUUAUCCCGACCAGAGUCCAUACUGGGCCGACGACGGGGACCGUUACGGCGCCAACAACUUCCUCAAGACGGUGCACAGAAACAUGACGUCCAAACUGCUGCAGCUCCCCGACAAACACUCGGUGACGGAGCUGCUCAACACCUGGGCGCAGAGCGUCCGCCAGGCCUGCCUGUCUGCCGCUUGAAGCCCCGCCCACUUCUGUCUGAUGCCCCACCCAUCACCUGACCCAGCCUGCAGACCACUCCUCCUCUGUGUGUUCACACCAACCAUUGCAUCCUUUCCGCUGACUUGCUUGAUGGAAUUACUCCUCCUUUUUUUACUCCGUAGAAUAAACUGGUCAAAAUGAUGCAAAAAAAACUUUGUCAUGGGGGGGGGGGGGGACAUCUGAGAUAAUGCUUUGUCAGGUUUGCUCGCAGGACCAAACAGCUUUUAAAUGCUUGUUUUCUGAAUGUAGUUUCAUCGGGGCUAUGCUAACAAGUUAGCUACCAAAAAUAACAUCUAAAUACGGCAGCUUUGUUAUUAUUUAUACAUAGAGAUAUUAGGCGUUUUCCCCGGUGUUUCGUGCACAAACAGCAAUAACGUUACUCAGGAAUAAAACCAAUUUGGUCUAUAAUCGCUGAGGAGUUCAAGGCCCUCGUUAAUAACCCCAAAACAGCACGCUGUUAAGCAUCAAGGCUACAGUAAGGGGAGAAAAUAUCUGCGGAUUUAACAUUGUGUCAGAAAGAAUAUAUUUUUCUCUCUAAAUGUCCCCUGUAAUCUGUAACACUGGUGUCCGUUAUCCGGUGGCCGAUGUCCCACCUCUCCAGACUUCCUUUGCUGUGACGCUGAAAAAAAACCCAUUUUAUUUAUAAAGCACUUUUUAGGAACCCAAAUAAAUUAUUAACCAACAUUUUAUACAAGCAAACAAAAACACAAGACGCAUUGUGGAAAAAAACUGAAAGCGGUGUAGUCUCGUUUGGUGUGAACACAGCGUGAGCGCCCCCCCUUCACCUCUCACCCACAAUACACUAGAGAACCUGCAGGACUUUUCCUUGUCAUAAAUGAGCAGCUGUACCUGAACGCCCCGUGACUCUCAGGCUGAUAUCUUGUGUUCUGAUCCCAAAAUAUCCCCCGAUGCAUUCUGGGUAAAUUAAGACGUUUGGCUCGACUGCAGACAUGACUUCUUUCCCGCUGCAUUCAGAAGUCCCAUAGGCAGAGAGCAGCUUGUAUAUAACACAAACACAAAAAGGGGAAAAAAACAGUAACCGGACCGCCUGAAAGGUAAUUUAUCCCGAUCUAUAUUCUGCUCCCUGAAUGCAUCACAUUGCUUCUGUUAAUUAUGUUUCCUGUUUGAGAUGUCAUUUCAGUUUUGUACCACAGAAGAGCGCUGUUGUAAAGAAAAACUCUACUUUGCUUUUCAAAUGAAAAUAUAAACGUAUUUUUUUGCUAUCAUGAAUAAAAACUUUUCAGUUCAACUUUUUAAA